AUGGGUCGAACUCUUGUCGAGAUAGGCUUCGACGGGUUUGAAGCAAAGGAGAAGACCACUUGGAUACACAACAAAGGUGUUAGGGAUGUUUUAGAGGAACAUCUUGAUAGAUUCCCGCCAUUUGAUAGACAUAUUCGCUCAAGACUAUUCUCAUACGGUCCAGACCUUGAACACGAUCAAAAAUUAGUGCUUUCAAAAAGUUUUGAUUUUCAUGGAUUUGGCAAUUUUCCUAAGAUCUUUGAUCAUCUAAAAUCUGGUUCGACCAUUGAUUACGAGACUGUUUUCAGAAGACAUAACUGGCGGGUGCUUUUGGAUGUUACUUUGGGCUACUUCGUGCAGGAACCCACUAAGGCAGAUUAUGAUGAUGAGGUCACUUCUGGCGCAGAGUCAGGUUCGAAAACAAUAAAACCACUCAAGAGAGAGUUCUCAUUUGCUGGUGAUAAAAUUCACUUUCCGGGAUCUGGGGAAUUCGAAAUGGCCUUGAUAAAUCUUCGGAUGGUAUGUUAUCAAGACUCACAAGGAGUUGGACGCUUAGAAACGUUUCGUUUUGGACCAGCAAAACAACCCGAAGUGCAUCAAACGCCUAUGGCCUACGUGAUGUCGGAGGUAAAGUUGUUAGAUACAAAUUGGAACGAGAUCAUCCGUAAAUGCAGGCGGAUCUUGUCAGGGCUGAAUCGGGGGGUGUUAGAGGAUGACAAAUUUCAGGAUAGAAAGCUAGUUCGGAAAAUGGUUAAAUAUGCCAAAACUUUUGAGCAGCUCCAUAGAGUCUACCAACAACAAUCGGAGGCAUUGCAUGAUAUGAUUUCAAACUUUUCAGAGAAUGAAAUUUGCCCUCCUACAUUAACUGAGCAACAGCAUCCGCAACAGCCACGAAAAAAGCUCAAACAGAUCAAGGAUAUGGAGAAGAUCCUGUUCAAGUUCGACAAGAUUGGAAAGACCAUCGAAGACCAACUCCUCAGAGAGACACGGGAUCUUAUCGAAAGAACGCAUAAUAUUAUAUCCAUAGACGAGGCCUAUAGGUCAAGAGAUAUGAACGAAAGUGUCAAAAGAUUGAGUUGGAUAACUUUUAUAUUCCUACCACUCUUAUUUGUUGCGAGUUUGUUCGGAAUGAACAUCAACAUAUUGGAAAAUAACCCAGGGUGGUUCUAUUAUCUAGAAAUUGCGAUACCGAUGUUUUUUUCCAUCAUGGUUGCAGUUGCGUUCUUGAAGCAUUGGAAAAGCUUACGGGACCCACAAACCUGGCGCAACUUUUUGAUAACCCGCAAAAAAGUCAAUAAAAUGAUUGCUCCUGUAAUGGCUGUCCGAAAAAGUAUAUUUGUCCGAGAGAAAGCGUAUGACUUGGAGCAAGGAUUUACGAAUGGGAGAGAUGAACAAUUGAUUGCCGCAAUUGAUGCCGGUGAUGGGGAAAGAGUAAAGGAGUUGCUGACUCGUCCUAAACAAAAUACAAAUAUGCCAGUUCGGGCAUUAGUACGAGGACACUGUGAGGGUGCAGAGCGAUUCAUCGAACACCGAGAUAGUACCACGGCAUCGACAACCGGACGGACACCUCUACAAGCAGCGGCAGCAAGCGGUAGUGUAGGAACUGUUACCCGCUUACUCGAGCGUAAACAAGAUGUCAACGCGCCACCAGCAAAUAACGAAGGUCGUACGGCCCUACAAGCGGCGGCAGAGAAAGGACAUCUAAACGUUGUUGUGCUACUUAUACAGUACAGGGCCAAUGUAAAUGCGGCAGCAGGGAUGGUUGGUGGACGAACCGCUUUACAAGGGGCAGCAGGGGGAGGACAUUUGGAGAUAGUUGAAACCUUACUUAAGUUUGGGGCGGAGUGCAACAUAGCUCCCGCAGAGUUCAAUGGGCGAACCGCAUUACAAGCCGCAGCAGAGAAUGGGUGGGUUGAUAUUGCUAGGAAACUCGUUGAUUCGGGAGCUCGUGUAAACGCAGCGCCUGGGAAGCACGGAGGACGUACAGCCAUCCAGGCAGCUGCCGAGGGUGGAAAUCUGGAAAUGUUCAAGCAAUUGUUAAGAAUUGAGGCCGACUUCAACGCAGCUCCGGCCCACACGAAUGGACGCACAGCACUACAGGCGGCAGCAGGGAGGGGUCACUUGGAGAUUGUCAAUAUACUUCUCAAUCAUGAGGUUGAUUGCAACGAGGAUCCAGCACCAGUGGACGGCCGUACAUCAUUACAAGCAUCGGCUGAAGGAGGCUACUUAAACGUGGUACAGCUCUUACUUGAGUCUGGGGCCGAUCCUAACGCGGCUCCGUCUCAAGGAGAGGGGUGUACAGCACUACAGGGAGCAGCAAGAAACGGACACGAGGAGAUUGUUAGGCUUUUGAUCAACUAUAAAGCCAAGGUAACAGAGGAAGAAGGCUCAGCAGCAUUACAGGCAGCCGCAAGUGGAGGCCACCACGAAAUCGUCGAGAUAUUGAUCAGUAACCAAGCCCCCAUCAACUACUUGGGACAUGGUAACGUCUUACAAGCGGCAGCCCAUGAGGGGCAUCAGCAUGUGGUUGAGCUAUUGAUUAGCAAGGGCGCUGAUAUUACCGCAACCUCGUCUGCAAUAGGCGGAGUGAAUACAGCAUUUAUGGCAGCCAUAGAAAAAGGACACUAUGGGAUUGUUAAAUUACUGAUGGAGAAAAGCGCAAAUUCCUACGACCUACCGGACGCCCUUCUAUUAGCAGCAAUGAAGAAACAGGAGGACAUUAUAUCCCUCUUGAUAAAACAGGGAGAUGAUAUAGAUCAGAUCGGAGUAAACGGACGUACAGCGCUCCAAAUGGCGGCCGGGAAAGCACAGAAAGAAACAAUGCAAAUACUGAUACAAAAAGGAGCGAAGGUAAAUGCACUAGCCGCGCCAGAAGGGGGCCGCACAGCAAUCCAGGCAGCUGCGGAAGGCGGACACAAUGAGAUAAUUGAGUUUUUGAUUAAGGAGGGAGCUACUAUCAGUGUUGCCAACGACCUACCGGCAAAUAACGGCGGACGGACCACUCUCCAGGCAGCAGUGGAAGGUGGAAAUAUUGGAACGAUCGAGCUAUUGAUCAGCAAGAAGGCCGAAAUUAACGCCGCACCAGCACCACGAAAUGGUCGUACUGCGUUACAAAUUGCUGCAGGGAGUGGAAAGACAAGACUGAUGAUGCAGUUGAUCAACGAGGGAGCAGACGUCAACGCAGCAUCGGCGAUAGUAAAUGGUCGGACAGCACUCCAGGCGGCCGCAGAAGGGGGAUACAAAGCGACUGUUGAGCUCUUGAUUAGGGAGGGCGCUGAGAUUAACGAAGUACCUUCAGCAAACAACGGGCGUACAGCUAACGGUGCAAACGUGCACGCGGCGCCGGCAGAUGAGAGAGGGUUCACCGCACUCCAAAUCGCAGCAAAAUGUGGAGAUCAAAAACUAGUCAAAUUGUUGAUCGAGAAGAAGGCCAAUGUAAACGCCGCGCCGGCAGCAUAUGGGCUCACAGCAUUGCAGGCCAGUGCAAUAGAAGGGCAUCUUACGAUUGUACAAUUACUGCUAGAAAAAGGAGCAGAUAUCAAUGCAGCACCAGCAGCAAAGGGAGGAUUAACAGCUUUGCAAGCCGCUGUAAAAGGCGGUCACAUGGGCAUCAUACAACUACUAAUAGACAAAGGGGCCGCCAUCAAUGCCGCGCCAGCAGAGACGGGGGGACGAACAGCCUUACAGAUUGCUUCAGAGAAGGGAAACAUGGAGAUUUUUCACUUCCUACUGGAAAAUAAGGCAGAUGUGGACGCCAUGCCGGCAACAUAUGAUGGGCAGACAGCAUUGACGGCUGGUGUUGAAGGAGGUCAUAUGGGUAUCGUUAAGAUAUUACUACAUAUGGGAGCAAAUGUCAACACUCCGUCAACAAUUGAUCGUCAUACAGCUCUCCAAAUUGCGAAAGAACGUGGGUUCGCGGAUAUUGCUCAACUACUUAUCGAAAAAGGAGCCCUCGAUACUAUACCUAUAACGGUCGAUGAGAAUCCGGCGAAGGAGGGAUUUGAGGAGGUUGAAAAUCCCCCCACCAUGCAGAUUGAGAGAGGACAAUUGUUGCCAGGGGGAGCCCCCGAUGGCAGAAGACAUAGGAUUGGAAUGAGAGUGAAGAUGGGAAUGAAGCGAGAGAAAUCGACAGGGACUUCUGGAGAUUUACAAGGGGAGCCUGAGGCUUUGACCCAGCAAAAGAGGGCAUCGACAUCAGGGAGUGCAUUGGGUAUAAAGCCGGAGAUGCCAGUGCCUGAUGAUGGUCGAGGGCAUAGAGGGAUAAAGUGGGGAACUUAUGAAGCAAAUUCAUGCACCAUUGUAAAUAUCACAAAACCAAGGGCGUAA